AUGUCCACCUUCAUAGUCGUCAUCUGCGAUGCCGGAUGCAAGUCUGCGCAAUGUGUCGGGCGCCAGUGCGGAGCAUUACCGAGCGUUCUGGUCGGUCGGCUCGAGGCACUUCGGCCGAGUAUCAAGAUCCACACCAGCGACGGCCACGCCAGCGACGGUCACGCCUUCUCUCCUUGGGAUCGUCGAUUGAGCUUGCCGUGCAUGGCCGGUGUAUCGACGUACUCGCCCGUGGGCGCUGAUGUGCUGCACAGAGAUGCUCGUCAGGCCUUACGCGCACUCAUUGUACGGAUAGCAGGCCAAGCGGGCUUCAGCGGGGCUCGAGAGCAGGCCUUGAUCCGCAUCGAAGACUUAGUCGAGGACUUUGUUACGACACUACUGCAAAGUUGCGGGCGUUUCGCUGAAGUGUCAAACCGUGUUACCCCUACCCUUUAUGAUAUGAUCCACACCUUUGAGCUUCUGGGCUUGUCCCUGCCCGAACUACACGCCUAUGCGAAGCACGCGCGGGACUCGGCUUCGUCACGCGUCCAGAUACCCACGACCACGUCGCCAAACGAUCAGCACAGUUGGGAGCACCCGACAGCUUUGUUUCUUCCUUCUGACGAUGAGUCAGAGCAGGCCUCAACGUGGAAAACGCUGAUGCACGAUAUUGUACCGGACCAUCUACCACCUGAGCCGCCGCGGCACUGCUGGAUGUUUACGCCGGUGUAUGCGACAGAAGUACUGUCUGAAAUGCCAGCUCUACAGCUAGUCAAUCGCAAGCUUGAUAAUGCACGCCUUGUGGAAUCGUCGCUGCGUAAGCUAAUCAAGAAUACUGAUACGGCUGCCCCAGUAAAGCCAUGGAUUCCUCUGGAGCCCGCUGCUUCCUUGCCAGACGUAGCGGAGGAUGAGGGCGACAUGUCGGUCUUAUCUGUCGAUGCACUGCCGACCACGGAAUCGAUGGCCAUCGAUGCACCACCUAGUGAGAAGCCUGAGGACAGGUCGGGCACAGAGCAGCCUGCCACUACGAACGACGAUGUGCCGCGGCGCCGCGGCGUCUUGCCACGUGCAGUGAACUACAAGGUAUCGUGGUACGCGUCCCAUGCGUCCACGGACAACAAGCUACCCACGGCCAACUUGUAUACGGCUCGGCUGCGCGGCAAUAUGGAUGAGUCGGCGAGGCGUGCGCGACGCUAUAUCGUGUAG